AUCAUCCAUAACUCACUGCGAAUUCCCCAUACCGAACGAGAUGCCCUCCCUUCCGCCUGCGUCACCCGUAAAAGGCCACACUAGGGCUUCAUCAACUGAUGAACGACGAGUUUCUGUCCCCCGUCGACGAACAAAAGGCCCCUUAGACCUCGGAGACCCCCCAUUCAAGGACCACCCGGCCCCCACUUCCGUCGCAGCAACCACAACCUCCCCACCCUCCUCUCCGACGACUCCCAAACAACGAAUGUCCGCCGGCCUCUUUGACAUGCACCCGCCCGCUAUAUCACGGGACUUUACCUACCUCCUCCACCCCCAGAACUUCCACCCGCUUCCUCAGCACACCAUCCCCGCCGCCUUCCGCGCACCAGCCCACCAGCCCACAGCAUCCACCCCCCUCCACACGCUCCUGUCAACGGGACACUUUCGUGCGGCAGCCAUAACUGCCGCUAACCGGCUCACAAAUUCCACCUCCCCGACUCCGCUUACCAUAGAGGAGAUAUUCAAGCUCUGGUACAUCCGACUGAGCAGUCUCAUGCUCAUUGGGAGCACCUCCACCGCAGCACAGGAAAUAAAAGUGUUCUCAGACCUGGGUUCCAACUUCUACCGGGAUGCACGGGGUGGGCACUUGGUCCCCUGGGAGCUCCGCGUUCUUGCAGUCCGCUUGCAGGCCAUCGGGGUAAGCGACUGGCGUCGGAGCAUAGCGCUUUAUUAUGAGCUAGCCCGUGAGGCCCGCGGCGAGGUACUGAAGCGCGAGGCGAAACCCGACUCCCCGGAACACAAUGCCGAAGGGGCCUCCCUCUGGAGGGGUCGUCUCUGCGACUUGGGAAUUCGUGUCGCCAGCGCGCUGGUGGAAAUGGGUGACUUGGCGGCUGCCUCUCGACAUCUGGAAGGACUUCGAGCGAGUGUCGAUGACCACGAACUCAAAGUAGUAUUAUGUCUACUGUAUGUGCGCAUCGGGAACCUGGCGGCUGCAAAGAAGGUUCUCCCGGCGGUGGGCGGGGAGGAUAUACGCGAGGGGGUUCUCUGCGCGUUGAUACUCAUGGGCGAGGCGAAGUGGGCGGAGGCUGCCGCUGCGUGGAAGGAGAUUUCCGAUACGAAGAGAAUCGAGGAGGGCGGGGACAUGGCGAGUAAUAAUUUGGCAGUCUGUUUACUGUAUAUGGGGGAUCUGAAGGAGGCCCGAAGAGUCCUCGAGUCCCUAAUCGAUGGCGGAACCUCUUUCACUGGUCUAACCUUCAACCUCUCAACAAUCUACGAACUCUGUAGCGACAAUUCAAAAGUACUAAAAGCAGGUCUAGCAGAGAGGGUAGCAGCCCAAGGAAAAGAAAUGACGGGUUCUAGUUUCAAAAUGUAAACGGUAACAGUUGAUUACAGUCACGCGCAUUGCUAUUCUAGAAUACCCGGCACCAUGGGGGAAAACUACAUUUAUUUUAUUGUCGCAUCAUCGGACACAGUGACCGUUUAUCUUAAUUGUUACAUACAAGGAAUGGUGAACGGGCUGCAUUUUCAGAA